GAAAAUACCUUCUUCUGAUUUCUUCCCUUGGAGGGGGGUGUUGAUCUUGGUGGCAGCUCCCUCAAAGCCUUCGCCUCAUGGCUUUGUCCUUCGUGGCCGCGCGGCCCGGACCAACCUUGAGCGCCCGAGAGGCUCCGCGCACUUCCGGCCAUGCGGGUGUUGAGGACCGUGCCGGGUUCGCCUGCGCCGGCGCCGGCGCCGCGGUUCUGCUGGUGACUUCGUUCCGCACCAAGUCGAGGAGGCCUCGCCCCCGGAGCCGCGUGGUGGCGUGUGGCCAGAUCCUGGACCGCUCCGUGGAGACGGAGGAGCAAGAGAAGAAGCCUCCCAAAGAGCAGGCGGUGUCCAAGUCGCACUCCAAGAAGGAGACGAAAGACCUGGAAGAGCGUGUCAAGCCCGCGCGCGCGGAGGAUUUGCUGGUGAAGCCGCCCAAGGAGGAAGAAGAUGGCUGGACCUCCUUCGCGCGCUUCUCGGGGGCGCUGAUGGAGACCUUUGUGGAUGUGGCCACGGCGAAGCCCCCGCGCAAGGAGCCCGGGUGGGAGUACCGCAAGGGCAUCGAAGGAAUGUCCAUGGGCAGCAUGGCCUACGAGAUGAUGACGAUGGACGAGGGCACCAAAGAGUACAAGGAGCUGGCCAAGGAGUACGAGUCCGGCUACGGGGUUCCCUUCCUGAACCUUACCACCCGCAAGCUCACAAGCCUGUCGCGGGACGUGAGCAAAGCCGUUGGCCUGGAUGGCCCUUGGCUCACCUUCAUCAACGUGCUGCAGACCAUGGGUGUGAGCGGGGAGUUCAUUGACGGCAUCCCGGUGCAGAACAAGUGGAUCACCAUCGUCCAGGACAACUUGAAGAAGUUCGGGGAACAAGACCCGGAGUCAGGCGGGCGGCAGGCGACGGAGCUCAUGCAGAACAUGGUGAUGGGCCGCAUGGAGAGGAUCACGGGCGCGCCGAUGCCAGUCUUCCUGGAGGGUUAUGGCGAGAGCGAGGGCGUCUACAAGAUUGUGAUCGGCCCCCGGUCGGUGGUGGUGGUCUCGGACCCGGUGAUCCUCAAGAGGAUCAUGACCAGCUCCCCGGAGCUCUACACCAAGGGCAUUUUGUCGGAGGUCUUGGAGCCCAUCAUGGGUCAGGGCCUCAUCCCCGCCGAUCCUGAGACCUGGAAGAGGCGCCGGCGCGCCAUCGUGCCGGGCUUCCACAAGAAGUGGCUGAACGAGACCACCGAGCUGAUAGUGGAGUGUGCGAUGAACCUGGCGGACGACGUGGAGCGGAGCAUCGCGCUGUCCUCUGGGAAGGUGGCGGAGGUGAACAUGGAGGAGAAGUUCACAUCCGCAUCUUUGGACAUCAUCGGCAAGGCGAUCUUCGACUACGACUUCGGGUCGACGACGCGCGAGUCCCCGCUGAUCCGCGCCGUGUACAACUUGCUGCGGGAGGCGGAGCGCAGGGCCCAGUCGGUGGUGCCCUACUGGAACCUGCCGGGAGCAACGGCGAUGUUCCGAGACCAGAAGGACUACGGCGAGAACUUGAUGCUGGUGAAUGCCGUGCUGGACGAGUUGAUUCAAGCUGCUCUGGAGGAUCCGCCAGAGGAUGGCAAGCACGUGUCCCUGCUUCAGUAUUUGGUUGUGACCAAGGGAGAGGACGUGACCACCAGGCAGCUGCGCGACGACCUGAUGACGCUGCUCAUCGCGGGCCACGAGACCACGGCGGCCAUGCUGACCUGGACCUUGCACGAGCUCAUGAAGCCGCAGAACCGGAAGUUCCUGGACGAGAUACAGGAGGAGGUGGAUGGUCUGCAAGGCCGCAGGCCGAGCUUCGAGGACUUUACUGGGCUCACGGCGCUGCGGAACGCGCUGCUGGAGGCGUUGAGGCUCUAUCCUGAGCCGCCUUUGCUGAUUCGUCGCUGCAUUGCUGGGGACGACGUGCCCGCGGGCCCGCUGUGCAAGGACGUGAGCGGGGACACCGUGAGCUUCCUGCCCGGCCAGGACAUCUUCAUCUCCACUUGGUCCCUGCAGCGCUCAGAGACUCUCUGGGGCGAGGACUCCCACGACUUCAACCCACACCGCUGGAAGGAGCGCUUGCCGGGCAAGAGGGGCUGGCUGGGCUACAACCCGGAGAAGGCGGGUUCCUACCCGGAUGAGCGGGCGGCGGACUACGCCUUUAUGCCCUUCGGCGCCGGACCGCGCAAGUGCGUGGGGGACCAGUUUGCCCUCCUGGAAGCCGAGGCGGUGCUGGUGGCGCUGAUGCAGCGCUUCGACUUCGCGGUGCCGGAAACCCGUGACCCGGUGGAAAUCACCACCGGCGCCACCAUCCACACGGUAGGGGGCCUCUUCUGCAAUGUCUCCCAGCGCACGGACCGCAGCGCCAAGCGGCAGGCCAAAGGCCGAGCGCCGGUGAGCACAGAGGGCUGGGCCAGUAUGGAGAAGCGCCUCACUGGCAGCGUGGCGCAGCGCAUCGAGCCGAGCGCCAUGGUGGUGCCCACAGCACAUGAGCUGCGCAUGCUCUUCUCCGCCCAGAAGGAGGACGUGCGAAAGCUGGCACCCAAGCCUGAGCUCUAUGAUGCCCUGGAGAAGGCCUACAAGCAAUGUCAGGAGGUGACCAAAGAAUACUCCAAGACGUUCUACUUGGGCUCUCAGCUCUUGGACAAGGACGAGCAGCGGGUGGUUUGGGCCAUCUAUGACUGGUGCCGGAACACCGACGAGCUGGUGGACGGGCCCAUGGCGGCCAGCACCACCAUGGCGGACCUAGAAGCCUGGGAGCAGCGGCUGAACCGGAUCUUCUCCCUCGAGGGGUCUGCAGAGGGCUCGGAUUUGACGGAGCUCUCGGAUCUCGCGAUGCGCGACAGUGUGCGCAAGUUCUCGCUGAUCCAGCGUCCCUUCCAAGACAUGAUCGGUGGUAUGGCCAUGGAUCUCGUGAAGGAUCGGUACGCCACCUUCCACGAGCUGGAGGUCUACUGCUACCGCGUGGCGGGCACGGUGGGCAUCAUGACGCUGCCGGUGCUCGGCUUCGACCCCAUGCAGAACUUCACAGAAGAGCUGCAGGAGCAGACGAUCGCCGCGGCCAUGUCGCUGGGAGUUGCCUUCCAGCUCACGAACAUCCUCCGCGACAUCGGGGAGGACGCCCAGCGCGGGCGCAUCUACGUGCCGAUAGAGGAUCUGAAUCGCUUCGGGAUCACAGAGGAUGAGGUUCUGGAGGCCUGUAACACCCCGGGGCUGUUGGUCCACGAGCAGAGAUGGAAGGACUUCAUGGAGUUCGAGAUGGCGCGCUGUGAAGAGGAGUACCAGAAGGCGAGGGAAGGCAUCGUGGGGCUCUCGGAGAUCAACCGCCUGGGCGUCAUGGCGGCUCUCUAUGUCUACGGCGACAUUUUGACUCGCAUACGGAAGAACAAAUACGACAAUCUCCGCCGGCGGGCAUACGUGCCCUUCGUGGACAAAGUGGUCCUCAUGGGAAAGGCCUGGCUCAAGUGCCAAGAGCUGAAAGAGGUUGCGGAAGAGAACGUGAGAAGCGGCCGAUUUUUCACCAGGAGAAAGGACAAGCAUUGAGGGCAUUCGUUUCCAUCGGGCGCCGCGCCGGCCGCGCUGGGUGCUACUCUGUGGCCUAGCCCGUGGCCCGGAUUUCAUUUUUUGAAAUAACGCCCGCAACUUUCGAUCGUCGGUUCCUCUGCGAUCGGACUCCGGGACAAAUUCCAUUUGAACAAUUUGGCGAAGG